CACUGGAGGAGGAACCGGGAGCCGGAUGGAAGCCGCUCGUUUAGACAUCACAGGCAGCCCCUGAGGGCGGUGUUUACUACUUCACCGUAGUUAAACGUGUAGCUGAUGUAACCCCGCCCACUUAGCGCACUCCUGUGAUGAAAACAAAGUACCAGGCUGUUAAAUUACAAUCAGAGCAGAGGAAUGUUGGUGAAAACCCUAAGCCGAGCCCCCUCUCACAGUUUACCUCUACGUUACCGCAGCGGGUCCAGCUAAACUCCAUGGUGGAGCAGAUCAGUCUCUAUAAACCCUGGACUUUACGGACAAACGUCUGGAGGAUGUGGACUUAUUCGAGCUGGAUGUGAAAAUCGUUCCGGCAAGAUGUGAGAUGAACCGGGAGAAACCAGCGACCGAGGCCAGCGACAUCAUGUUGGUCCGGAGCCCGCGUGGCCGAGCCAGAGUGACUCAUGCGGUGGUGGUGAUCUUCCUGGAGUUCUUCGCUUGGGGGCUGCUGACCACGCCCAUGCUGACAGUCCUCCAUGAGACGUUCCCUCAGCACACCUUCCUGAUGAACGGCCUGGUUCAGGGCGUCAAGGGCUUCCUGUCGUUCCUGUCGGCUCCUCUCAUCGGCGCUCUGUCAGACAUCUGGGGCAGGAAGUCCUUCCUCCUCAUGACGGUGUUCUUCACCUGCGCCCCCAUCCCCUUCAUGAGGAUCAGCCCAUGGUGGUAUUUCGCUCUGAUCUCAGUCUCGGGGAUUUUCGCUGUGACCUUCUCGGUGAUCUUCGCCUACGUCGCCGACAUAACAGAGGAGCAUGAGAGGAGCACGGCCUACGGACUGGUCUCUGCAACCUUCGCCGCCAGUCUGGUGACGAGCCCGGCGAUCGGGGACUUCCUGUCUGAUAAGUACGGGGACAGCCUGGUGGUCCUGGUCGCCACGGUGGUGGCGGUGGCCGACAUCGCCUUUGUGUUCUUUGUCGUCCCCGAGUCGCUGCCGGACAAGAUGCGGCUGACGUCCUGGGGCUUCCCCAUCUCCUGGGAGCAGGCCGACCCCUUUGCUUCUCUGCGUCGUGUGGGGAAAGACAGUACAGUGCUGCUGAUCUGUGUCACGGUGUUCCUGUCCUACCUGCCCGAGGCCGGACAGUACUCCAGCUUCUUCCUCUACCUGAGACAGGUGAUCGAGUUCUCACAUGCUGCCAUCGCUGGCUUCAUCGCCAUGGUGGGAAUCCUCUCGAUAGUCGCUCAGACUCUGCUCCUCAGCGUUCUUAUGAGGACCAUCGGUAACAAGAACACGGUUCUCUUGGGUCUGAGUUUUCAGCUCUUCCAGCUGGCCUGGUACAGCUUCGGAUCUGAGCCGUGGAUGAUGUGGGCGGCAGGAACAGUAGCAGCCAUGUCCUCCAUCACAUUCCCAGCAAUCUCUGCUCUGGUGUCUCACAGUGCAGCGCCCGACCAGCAAGGUGUGGCUCAGGGGAUGAUCACAGGUAUCAGGGGUCUGUGUAACGGUUUGGGACCGGCCCUCUACGGCUUCAUCUUCUUCGUCUUUCACGUGGAGCUGAACGACAUAGAGCCGGCGUCAGGAGAAACCACUCCAAACACUGAGAAGCUGAUGGUCCCCGGUCCUCCCUUCCUGUUCGGAGCAUUCGCCGUCUUACUCGCUCUCCUCGUCGCCAUCUUCAUCCCAGACAACAACCAACUGGGCGACAACAAGAACUGCUCCACCUGUAAAUCCACCUCCUCCCUCGCACACGCUCAGAACAGCAGCCCUCUGGCCACGUCUCCGAGUGACGCCGAGGACAUCGAGCCUCUCCUGCAGGACAGCAGCUUGUGACUGACAGGCAGCCUGGCCUGAGCCCCGGCUGCUCGGCCACCUUUAGAAUAGACGGCCUUUUAUUUUUUUAUUUCUUCAGACCCCGGUGAGAGUACAGAGCGAGGAGGUAGGCGGCCAUCACAUUGCCUAGCUUUAUUCCUUCACAUGAUGGAUUAUAUCUAAUCCCUUUGAUAACGUUACUGAGCUCAUUUAGCAGCCAAAUGUUUCACUCGGUCCUCGUUUCUCUGUCACGCCCCCUGCUGGUGUGAGACGUGCAUACAAGAAUAACACGUUAAUAAAGUUUAAAAAGAUAA